AUCGGGCAGAAAGCCAACGGUAGAAGAGCGCUAGCCACUGCCCUCAUCUACUUCUCAUCUCUCUCUUUCUCUCUGUAGAUCGAUUAGGUUUUUUUUUUUUUCAUUGAUGGCGUUAAAGUUUCUGAACAAGAAAGGAUGGCACACUGGGAGUCUUCGGAACAUAGAGAACGUGUGGAAGGCUGAGCAGAAACACGAUGCCGAACAGAAGAAGUUGGAGGAGCUUCGCAAGCAGAUCCAGGAGGAGAGAGAGCGCUCCGAGUUUCGUCUUCUUCAGGAACAAGCUGGCCUCGUUCCUAAGCAAGAGAGGUUGGAUUUCCUGUAUGAGUCUGGCUUAGCUGUUGGAAAGGGCAGUUCUAGUGGAUUUAAAGCUCUUGAAUCCUUGCCCAAGACCGAUUCCGAGGCAGCCUCCUCUUCUUCCUCCAAGCAACAACCAGCUGUGCCAGGAGCUUUAUUUGAGGAGAAGCCACAAUCUGCCAAUGAUACUUGGAGGAAACUCCAUUCAGAUCCUUUGCUAUUAAUUCGGCAGCGGGAGCAAGAAGCCCUUGCUCGUGUAAAGAACAACCCAAUCCAGAUGGCCAUAAUUCGCAAAUCUGUUGAAGCAAAGAAGCACAAGGAGAAGUCCCAUGACGGAAAAGAACACAGGAAGAAGCAUCACCACAAGAAGUUAAAGAAUUCAUCAUCUAAGCACCAUUCCGACCCUGAAGAUGGUGAUGUUAAAGGGGAUAAACAUAGAAACACCAGUGAUCACAAGCACUCAAAAUAUGACGAAACUUUGUACAAAGCAGCUCCAAACUUGAUAGAAGAAUCAAGUGGGAGGGAUAUUCAAAGAAAAAAGAAUACUGACAAGGACUCAAAGUACAAAGAGCGGCGACCCACUUCCAUGUCAGAUCGGACAAAUGAAAGAAUCGAAAGUCAAUAUAGAAGCAAGAGGUAUCGUGACAAUUCUGAAAGUGAAAAUCGUUAUUCAGAAAGGCAGGUGGAAUCUGAUUAUGCUAAAAGGAGGGAAGACAGACAAUUUCGUCAAGCAAGUGGUUCUUCUGAUAUGCCACCCCAGACUGAAUCACAUCAUAAACGGCGGCAUCCCAUUAAAAUUUCCGAAGAAGAAAGAGCUACCAUGCUGCGGGAGAUGCAAAUGGAUGCCGAACUACAUGAAGAGCAAAGAUGGAAACGGCUAAAGAAAGCCGAAGAAAAUGAUGUUCAGGAAGCUACACGCGGGCACACGGCUGGUGGCAAAAAUUUCUUACAUGCUGCUCAAAAAAGCAUCUAUGGUGCUGAGAAGGGCGGAAGCUCCACAAUAGAGGAGAGCGUUCGUAGAAGAACGCACUAUUUGCAGGGAAAAUCAGAAGUUGAAGGCAAUGCAUUUCGGCGAUGAAGAGACGGCGUGUUUUAUUUUACCAGGCUCGCUUAUUCACAUUUCUGUAAUAAAAAAGGAUUCACUAAACAUGUGUGCAAUGACAAUUUGUUUCAAAUGAUUGUUAAUAUCUGCAUACAUACCAAUCAUAUGAUCAGAUACUCUCUAAUUGUGUUCCCAAAGGAUUGGAAUGCAGGAACUGAAUUGUUCAUAGUCAGUUAUAGUCGAGUCUUAUACUUGUAGAUGAGCCUGCGAGGAGUACUCAAAUCAGGGUAGUCCUUCCAGAUGCCAUUGCAGCACUGCAAAUUGCCUGGCUUU